UGUAAAUAAAUAAUAAAUAUUAUUAUCUCUCAUGUCAAAAUAAUGUGGUUUAAAUUAUGUUAUCACAUGGUUAAAUGAUUUGGUACAACUAAAUUUUUCUCGUUUUACAAUUAUGGGAAAAAGAAGAUUUAAUGAAAAAGGUCGACAACAAGUAAAAACAUUAAUAGAUAAUAAUGCAACAAAACUGAUUAAGCUUGAUUUCGGAGUAGAUGAAAGCCAAUACGGUGCUGUAGAUGAUUCUAACUUGUUAGUUCUUCCUUCACAAAAAAGAUCAACUAAAAUUAUACGCGACAAAACGGUAGUUACAAAAAUACUAUCGAAAAAGCAGCGUAAACGUUUGGAAAAGAUUGUUGAUCAGAAAAAGAAAAAAGAAAAUCGAACUUCAUUGAUUGCAGCCUUAUCCCAAGUACAGGUUGAUGCAAAAGAACUAGAGAGUUACACAAAAAUUAGUUCCUUACAAACGAAAGGUUUAAGACAAUAUUUUAAAGAGCAGAAACUGGGUAAUGUUAAACCUGGUUUUAAUGUAUCUGAAAAACAAGAAAAGCGGCAAAAAAGGUAUACUACGACAAAAAAACAAAGGCAACUAAAUCCAACUGCUCUCAGAAAGGUAGAAACGAAUUUAAAUACAGUUGGGUUUGAUGAAUCCGAUGAAGAGGUGUCAAGUCCUACGACAGCUGAAAAACGUACAAAAAAUGAGGUAGACGUAAUAAAUGGUAAGGAAGAAACUUGCCGCAACACAAAAUAUUUAAAAAGAAAAACUGCUACCUACGUCCAUGUUGAUCGAGAUUCCAAAGUUCAGGCUGCUCGGCUUGAACUUCCGAUUCUUGCUGAGGAACAGAUUAUCAUGGAAACUAUCAGUGAAAAUUCUAUAGUUAUCCUGGCCGGCGAAACAGGAAGUGGAAAGACAACCCAGGUUCCACAAUUUUUAUACGAAGCGGGAUACGCACAACCAGAUCGAGGUAUUAUUGCUAUUACUGAACCUCGAAGGGUAGCAGCGAUUUCAAUGUCCAAACGAGUCGCUGCAGAAAUGAAUUUAUCAGAAGAUAUUGUGUCUUACUUGAUUCGUUUUGAAGGCAAUGUAACAGAAAGAACACGUAUAAAAUUUCUUACUGAUGGAGUACUACUUAAAGAAAUUGAGAACGAUUUUUUGCUUAAACCUUAUUCAGUAGUUAUUCUGGAUGAAGCACAUGAGCGGAGUGUCUAUACAGACAUACUAGUCGGUCUUCUGUCGCGGAUCGUAGUUCUUCGCGCUAAGAAAGGAAAUCCGCUCAAACUAAUAAUAAUGUCAGCUACUUUAAGAGUAAAAGAUUUCACUGAAAAUCAUUAUCUUUUCAGUAAGAUACCACCGGUAGUUAAUGUUGAAUCACGUCAGUUUCCCGUUACAGUUCAUUUCAGUAAAACAACUGCUGUUGAUUAUAUCCGAGAAAGUAUUCUAAAAACAAUUAAAAUUCACACGAAACUACCAGAAGGUGGUAUUUUGGUCUUUCUCACUGGUCAGAAAGAAGUAAACUAUGUUGUUAAAAAACUUAGAAAAGCAUUUCCCUACCAAAAAGCAUGUUCACAGAAAGUCGACUUGCGAAAACAAAAAAUUGCAUUUGACAGUGAGGACAAAAGUUCAUUGAGUAUAGUAAACUGUCAACAAGCAAACAGUAGACAGAAAAUGCGAAAAAUUAAGAGCAGUCGAAUGGAAUUACCAAAUAUCAAUCUUGAUAGUUAUGAAAUGCCAUGGAACGAUACAGAAGAAUUAGAAAAAGAUCAUGAAAGUGAUUUUGAAUCCGACUAUGAUGAGUAUAUGUGCACUUCUGAAUAUACCGCCACCAGUCAACCACUUUGGGUAUUACCAUUAUAUGCUAUGCUGUCCUCAGAAAAACAGCAAAGGAUUUUUGAUAGUCCGCCGGAAGGAACUCGAUUGUGUGUUAUAGCUACGAAUGUUGCGGAGACAUCAUUAACAAUCCCGGAUAUUAAAUAUGUGGUUGACUGUGGUCGUCAAAAAACCAAAUUAUAUGACAAAGUGACGGGCAUCUCGGCUUUUGCAGUGACUUACAUUAGUAAAGCGUCUGCUAAUCAGCGCGCUGGGAGAGCAGGCAGAGUAGCUCCUGGUCACUGUUAUAGGCUGUAUUCAAGUGCUUUGUAUAACGACGAGUUCAUAGAAUUUUCUAUUCCUCAAAUUCAAGUUAAGCCUGUUGACGACUUAAUGUUGCAAAUGAAGUGCAUGGGGAUUGAUAAAGUCGUGAACUUUCCUUUUCCAUCACCACCAGAUCGCAUACAGUUAGAAUUAGCGGAACACCGAUUGAUCCGCAUGGGAGCUCUGCGCGAAUAUAGAGUGAAAUUAAAGAACAAAUCUCAAGUUAUAAGCCGCAUUACAGAGCUUGGGCGAACAAUAGCAGCCUUUCCAGUUACACCGCGCUUUGGCAAAAUGCUAGCUUUAAGUCAUCAGCAUGGUUUACUUCCUUAUGCUAUUUGCCUAGUUGCUGCUCUUUCUGUGCAAGAAAUUCUUCAAGAAAUAUCACUCUCAGAAGAUUCAAGCUGCUACCAAAAGUGGCGAAAUAAAAGGAAGGCUUGGGCCGGAACUGGAAACUCGUUUCUACUUGGUGAUCCAAUGAUUUUGCUUCGAGCUGUUGGGGCUUCUGAAUUUGCCAACAGCAAAAAUUGUCUUGCUGAAUUCUGCGUAGAAAAUGGUCUUCGUUUGAAUGCUCUUAAAGAGAUUCGCAAACUAAGAGUACUACUUACUAACGAAUGUAACACAAAUCUAAAAAAACUCAAUUUAACUGUGGAUCCAUCGAUGCCACCUCCGAAUGAUGCACAAGCUAAACUUUUACGACAACUAAUGCUCAUUGCAAUGGCAGAUCAUAUUGCUCGUAAAAUACCUGAUAUCGAAAUUAAGCAAAAAUCUGAUAAAAUUAAAUACAAGCAUGCAUACAAUUUAUGCGACGUGGAAGAGCCUGUUUUUGUACAUUCAAGCUCUGUUCAUAGAAAGCAAAAUUUUGAAUGGGUUUGUUAUCAAGAAGCAUACGAGUCCAUGGAUGGAGGAACGGCUAAAAUGUUUAUUCGUGGAAUAACCGUCAUUGAACCAGAAUGGAUCCCGCAAUUAGUUCCUAAUUACUGCAACAUAACUAAAAUAUUAGAUGAACCAGAACCUACCUAUGACGCCGCCACAGACAGUAUAAUGUGCUCCGUACAGGCAACCGUAGGAAAAUGCGGGUGGCUUUUACCAAUAACGGUGAUUGAAAUGCCUGACGGCAUUACACGAUCUAGAUACUUUUCAAAAUUUUUCUUGGCUGGAGAGGUAUAUCCUAAAUUGAAACAAUUCCGAGAACUGUUACUGUCAACCCCAGAAACCAUUGUUAAGUGUUAUUCCACAUCGAUCAAGCGAGUGAAUUCGUUUGUAAACAUUAUAUAUCACAACGAAAUCUCCAAUCGAGCCCGACUUGAGCAACUCUGGGAAACUGAUCAACAUUUUUUGCUCGACGAGUUUCAACAGUUUUUACCAGCUUCAUGCCAUGCAGACGUUCGUCGUAUUUGGCCUCCAGUAGGUUGAAAAAUAUGAUAUUAUAUUUAAUGAGAAUAUCAGUUCUAUUACAAUCAGGAUUGUCCUUUUAUCAUGAGCAAGUUAAUGUCUAUGACUUCAUAGAGACCUGAUUUUUUGCAGGAAGAUACUCUGCAAAAUAAGGAACCAUGAUGCAAGAAACCAAAGCUAUAAGAAAUCGUUUCUAUCUGACGAUAAGAGGACGAACCUGAUGAUAGAGCUGAUACUCUAUAUUAUUAUUAAAUUUGAUCAUUCAAUGUAUACAUACUAGUACAUUAGCCAUGAGACUAUUUCUGUAUGUGCUCAAGUUUUCUGAACUAAUUUUGAAAUUUGAAUUCGUUGGACUCAAAAUGCUUCCUCAAAUCCAUUAGGUGGAACUAAGUAUAUCUCCAGGUUCACCUUUAAAUACAAAGUGUACAUUGCACAUACCCUGUCUGCAAACAGUAAUGUAGUAUUGAAGGAGAAACAGUAAUUUCUUUCUGUAAAUACUCAAUCCGUAGAGUCGUAAUUGAAA